CAACACCUAGUCGAUCGCUUGUCAAAGGUCUUGCACGAGCUACAAAUGGUCGAUUUGUUUUUAUACCACCUAAUACUAAUAUUGAUAUUUAUAUUGAAGAACAAUUACGAAACGCUAUUCGACGAUGUAUAACAAAUAUUCGUGUUGAUUGGAAUCUUGGAGUUAAUGUCGAAAAUGUUCCAAAUGAAUUACCACCAGCAUAUAUAGAUGAUCGUUUAAUUAUCUAUGCAUUGAUAAAUAAUCAAACAAUACCAUUUAAUCAUAGAUCAUCGAUUGAAAUUCGAACAGAUCAAAGUUAUUAUCGUUUAGGUAUAACUGAUUCAGAUCGAAUAACAAAUAAUAAUAAAAUGAUCGAACGUCUUGCUGCUAAAGCAUUAAUUCUUCAAUUGGAACAUUGUAAAAUCUCACGAACAACUCAAAAAAAAGUACGAUUUGAAGAUAUAGCUGAUAAUGAUUCACUAAAGAAUGAAAUCUCUCGAUCAAAACAAUAUAGGAAACAACGUAUUAUUGAUUUAUCAUUACGAUAUAAUAUUCUCAGUCCAUAUACAGUAUUUAUUGGUAUUGAAAAAUCUCUAGCCGAUAAACAUAUUAAUAGAAUUUUACGUGAAGUACCAAUACAAAUAGUAGCUGAUGAUCAACCUAUUCAAUCAACGGAAACAGUUUUAUCCAGUAGUAGAAAAAGUGUUGAUGGAACUAAGGCAACAACAUUCACAAAUCAACAAUCAGUCGAUAAACCAGUACAUAUUGAAAGAACACGAGAAGAUGUAUUACUAUCAAGGCAUUCAAUAAAGAAUAACAAUUGGCAGUCCAAUUCUCCCAAGCAUGUUUCAUUGCAUUAUCAUACAUCUACUCCAGUGAAAUCAAGCAUGACUACGCAGAAGGAUUAUUCAACUUCAGCAGUUGAUCAUGAUGAAACUCACUCCGUAACACAUGAUAAAAAUAUUGUUUAUUAUUUAAUCCAUCGACAGGAUGAUGAUGGUCUUUGGCAUUUUGUUUCUCCAAGAAAAACAAUAAAAGAAUUAACUGGAAAAUCUCUUAGC